AUGAAACGAUGUUUGAGAAAUCGAGUUGUUAUGGGUAAAGACAGGAUCGAUGAGUUGCCUGAAGGGUUGCUUCUAAAAAUACUGUCUUUACUUCCAACAAAAACUGUUAUAACCACGAGUGUUUUGUCUAAACGAUGGAGGUCCCUUUGGAAGUCAUUGCUUUUACAUAAAGCUCCAGUUCUAGAGAGUUUGCAUCUCACAGUCACAGAUUUAUGUGAUGAUAUAGAUGUUGGACUAUGGGCUGGGAUUGCAUUUGCACGCAAUGUGCGUGAGUUCGUACUCCAAGUCUCGAUUUCCUUAUCCAUUUCAAUCCAGUUUCCGAGUUGCUUGUUUUUCUGUGAUACACUUGAGACCUUGAAACUCAAGAAUCCUCCGAUUCAUAUAGAUCUUCCUUCUCCGGUUUCUAUGAAGUCUCUUAGAACUCUUCACCUUGACUCUGUGACGUACAAAGACGAUGAAUCUGUUUUUAACCUUUUAUCCGGCUGCCCAAAUCUUGAAGAUUUGCUCAUUCAUCGAGGUUACCCUAAUUGUGUUAAGAACUUUGUUAUUGUGGUGCCAUCUUUGAAGAGACUAUCAAUUAAUGAUUGCACUCGUGUACGGAAGGGGGGUUAUGUGAUAAACGCUCCUUCUUUGAAAUACUUGCAAAUUGAAAGGUUAAGUGGUUAUGAGCGUUGUCUGAUUGAGGAUGCGCCAGAGCUAGUUGAGGCAAAUAUUAGGAACAUUUCUACGAUAGUCAAUAAGAAGAUUUUGGGAUCUCUCAAGUCAGCCAAGCGUCUUUCAUUGGACUUAUCACCUUCGGGGGUAACAACUAUAACUAUGCUUGCCAUUUAA